CCCCCCAGAGCACCCUUCACAGCUGGAGCUGUUGCUUGCUGUGGCUGUGGCUGGCAACAGUGCAGGGAAAUGAGAGGGAAGAUGUGGCACUGAGCUUCCGACACCUUUUCUUUCUCCAGCCAUGGCUGUGCCGGGGAACCAGGUCUACACCAGCUGCCUCCCCUUUGGUGAGCCCCACCAGAAGCUCCUAAUCACCAUCCUGAUCUUCCUGGGGCUUUUUGCCUUACUGGAACAUGCUCUUAAAACAAUCACUUUGUUCUGGAUUAAUUUGACUCCAUUCCUGAAGAGAGUUUAUGAUGCUUGCUUCAAGAAAGGUGGCAGCUUGCUCAAGUCCAUCAGGGUCCUCUCCAGCAGCAAGAGACUAUGGAAGAAUUCAGUGCUGAUCAAAGGCCGCAAGAAACUCUCCACUCUGCGCUUCCGCUGUGUUGUGGAUCCUGUGAAGAUCACCGUGAAAAUGGGCACCACUAAUAAGCCGAGCAGUCUUCAAGGCAGCAGGAAAAGCAAGGCCUGCUGCUUUGGCACAUGGCCAGGCCUUCAAGACGCGGCUGACAAGAAGGCCAGCUGGAGCAAGAGCCAGCAGCAACGGAGGAACAGCCAGUGCAGCUCCCAGCCCUCAGACACCGAAACCCCGCAGCCCGCAUGUCCCGCAGGAUCUGUCGCCUCGUGGGUGCGCUUCAGCUUCAACUCUCCGGAGUGCGAAAGGCUGGCAGAAAGCAGUUCUGCCCGCUAUGGAAGCCUUGCACGAAACCACCAAAGGGCCACCGGUGAUAAACCGCAUAGCUUAGAAGUGGCAGGAGAGAGGGUCCAAGGGCAGAGGUUCCUACAGCGUUCGGUUGGCUUGAACACACAAGAGUCUGGUGCCCGCCACUCAGAGCAUCCUCAUGAGCACUUGAACCGUCAGUCCAGUGAGACGAACUUCAUCCCUAGCCCAAUCCUACCAGGCCCCAGACGAGUGGUGUACUCUGCCCUAGCUUCCGAUACGAUAUCCAGAACCCAUCUCAACAGUGAGGAAUAUUCCUACCCACAUUCUCCAAGAGGUCCCCAGCGCCGUCUUGGGCUAGAGUGGCACCAGUGUUUGCCAGCCGCACAGCAAGCAGAAGUGUAUGUUUAUCUGGUCAGCCCACCACCUCCCAGCCCAGAACACAACUCCGAGCAGAUAAACCAUCCCUUCUCGGCAUCUCAGACCACCUCUGGCAAGGAUGUGCUGGCCAACAGGAUCUCUUUCAGCCAGAGCAGGGGCAGUUCCAGUCAAGGGCCAGCUGGCCAGGGGAACUGUGAGACCCAAAAGCAACGCAAGAGCAUCUGGGAGAGAAAGCACCAAAGAAGGUCUCUGCUGCCAAAUUCAGAUUACGAGAAGUUGGCAGGAAGCAGUGCUGGCACCAGCUUGGGCCAUAAUGAACCAUUCCCCCAUAAUUCACCUCUCUUGGCAGACAGGGGGAGGGGAGGGCUUGAUGUAGUACCACCCACCAUUGCCAGUUGAAGAUGCUUUCCAGUGGAGAUGGUCACCAACUAAGCUUUCUACCAUGAAAUUAUGGAUGGACUCCUUGGGCAAGGAAGGAAUGGCAUCCUCUGCUGUUUCACUGAAAACAUUUGGGUAGGGUUGGGUCCAUUAAAACAAAAGCAAAGCACAAAUGCUUGCGUGUGGAGAUUCUCAAAUGGUCAUAGAAUCCAAAGCUAGAGUUGCAGUGACAGGGUAAAGACACAACUGGUGUAACUGCCAUGCUGACUUGGGGAUCUAACCCCAACUCCAUUGUCUCCCAAGAGGAGCUCUUCUGGGAACGAGGCAAAGGGC